AUGUCCUCAGGUGUAUUGGUCAAUCCGGAAUGCCAAACUGUAUUUCAGCAACUUUCGGAAGGAAAGCAUCAUAAAUUGCGCUACAUUAUUUACAAAAUCGAGGAUAAAGAGGUUGUGGUGGAGGCGGCUGUCUCACCUGAUGAGCUUGGUGUAACAGAUGAUGAUCACGACGAAAAUUCAAAAACCGCAUACGAAGCGUUCGUACAAGAUUUAAGGGAACGGACUAACGGUUUCAAGGAUUGUCGUUAUGCUGUUUUCGAUUUUAAAUUUUCAUGCAAUCGACCCGGCGCAGGCACUUCUAAAAUGGACAAAAUUGUCUUCAUACAGCUAUGUCCUGAUGGUGCACCAAUCAAAAAGAAAAUGGUUUAUGCUUCGUCUGCGUCCGCAAUCAAGUCUUCGUUAGGAACUGCUAAAAUUCUGCAGUUUCAAGUCUCAGAUGAUUCCGAAAUCGCUCAUAAGGAGCUUUUGUCGAAGCUGAGUGAAAAAUAUCGUGACAAUUAA